AUGGCAUUCAACUUUGCAGAAUCACAGUUAAAAAAAUACGGAUGGAGUGCUGGAAAGGGCUUAGGGAAGAAUGAAGAAGGUCGAACAAGAGCUGUGCAAGCUAAAAUAAAGAAUGAUACGAAUGGGCUUGGACAAAGUAGCGAAGAUUGGGGCUUCGCGUGGUGGGAUCAGAUAUAUAAUGACGCAUUAAAUAAUCUUAAAAUUGUACGUGUAAACAAUGAUGAGGAUAAAGGAAGAAAUUCAUACGAUGGGCAUGUAAAACUGACGAAGAUCAAUAAAAAAGAUACUGGUCCCCCACGUACCAGAACUGGAAUAAUUAGCACAAACGAUGAACUGGGAUAUAAGGAAGGAUCUAUAAAUGGAGCUGGGUUUGAUUUUGAAGACGAAACGAAAAAUUAUCGAUGA